AUGAACCUGAGAGAAGGUCUCAUUCCUUACCAGCUGAAGGUUUGGAAGCCUGGCCUGGCAUUUUGACACCAGCACCUUUUCCUACCUUCUAAACAGGAUCCACUUGAGUGGCUACCAUGCUGGUGGAACCUUGUCUUGGAGAGGUGUGCUUGUAGCUGAGCACCUAAAUGAGCUGGGCAAAGUAGGGAGAAGCUUUGCACAGGUGACUGAAGGUGUGAUCUGCAGCCUGAGAGGGGAGGUGCCCUGGUCUACACAGCUCUUGGGAUGCUGGAAUUUUUCUGGAGGUCUCUCUUGGCUGCUGGGGAGGCAGGUGAUGCAACAGGAGGUGAGUUGAUGAUACUUCACUGACCUCUAAAGGAGGUUUGUGCAAAGAAAGCCCAGUGGAGCUUUGAGAUGCUUUUUGAUGAGCUUUGAGUGACCAGCCAAGAAGCCACAGGAACUUCCCAUGAUGUGAAACAAGUUGCAACAAGGAGAAACCUUCAUUCUCUUUCUUAGGGGAAGGGACAGACACAGACUGCACAUUUAUCUACAAGAAGUAGAACUCUUGAGCACCUUGGUGUCCUCUAAGUGCUGCCAUUUAUAGUGGGACUCCUAGGCUGGGAGGGACUUCUUAUGGGGGCAUGUAGCCAUGGGGCAGGAGGUGAUUGCUUCAGAUGGGAGAGAUUUGGGUUGGAUGUUGGGGGAAAAUUAUUUGGUGUCAGGGUGGUGAGACCCUGGCCCAGGUUGCCCCCUGGGGAGGUUGUGGCUGCCCCAUCCCUGGCAGUGUUGAAGGGCAGGUUGGAUGGGGCUUGGAGCAGCCUGGGCUGGUGGGAGGUGUCCCUGCCCAUGCAGGGGGGUGGAACUGGAUGAUCUUGAAGGUCCCUUCCAACCCAAACCAUCCUGUGAGAUGUCUUAGUGAGCCUGCUGAGUUGCCUUCGGGUAGGACCUUUGUUGUGUCUGGUUUCUGACCUUAGUAAGACAUUUGAAGAAAAACACAAGGCUCAGUGGCCUCACAGCUUUCUGGUGCAGCAGUAAGAGCUGGAAGGAACAGCACUGGGUGACCCAAGACAGCUGAGCUGGGCAGGGGAUGAGGUGCUGCUGAGCAGGAGUGUCCCAGGCUGUCCCACCUGGCUGUGGGGAGCAGGGCAAUGGCAGCAUCCCCCGGGGUGGCACACAGAGCAGCUGCUGGGAGACUUGCUUGUCCUGACAGAUUUGAAAGAAGGUCUGUGUGUUCCAGGCUCUGCUGUGCCAAAUUUGUUGCCCUUUGUUUCGCUAAGCCUCUGGGCUGGUGCAGUGAAAAGCUGCAGAGGUGGUUUUUCAUAACUCACUGGCGGGGCCGGGGGGGUCUGGCUGCACAUACGCCAGCAGUCCUUGAAUCCUUGCCCCCCUGCUCUGGGGGCCUGAGGGUGGCCAACUGAAAAACUCUUUAGCUCAAACUGCAGACACCGGCUUAUGAGUUUUGAGUUGAAUGGAUGACCUGAGAUCUGGAGCAGCUCUGCUCGGGAGGCAGGCUGGGAGAGUUGGGGUGUUCAGCCUGGAGAAGAGAAGGCUCCAGGGAGACCUUAGAGCAGCUUCCAGUGCCUGAAGGGGCUCCAGGAAAGCUGGGGAGGGACUUGGGACAAGGGCAGGGAGGGAGAGGACAAGGGGGGAUGGAUGAAAACUGGAAGAGGGAGAUUGAGGUGAGACAUGAGGAGGGAAUUCUGGAGUGUGAGGGUGGUGAGAGCCUGGCCCAGGUUGCCCAGGGAAGCUGUGGCUGCCCCAUCCCUGGCAGUGUUGAAGGGCAGGUUGGAUGGGGCUUGGAGCAGCCUGGGCUGGUGGGAGGUGUCCCUGCCCAUGCAGGGGGUUGGAUCUGGAUGAUCUUGAAGCUCCCUUCCAACCCAAACCAUUCCAUGAAUUUGUGACACUUGGCAGAUUUUGUCAGAAAUCUGGAAUGCAAUUCUUCUCUAUUUGAUGAGUGAAAUCACUCCCUUGGGGGUUGCGUGGCCAAACAUCUUUCCUUCCCUCAAUGUCAGGCACCAUUUGGAGCAGCAGGGCUCAGGCUGGGUAGGUGUGCUGGGAACACACACGAGGCCUUUUUUAGCUGCCCAGAUGUUUUCAUAAGAAGCUUUCAGAAGCAGAGGCUGCUCUUUGCAAGGCUGCAGUGUCUGCCCUGAGCCCUGGGCCACUGUUUCCCAGCUGCAUCCUUCAUGCGUGGCAACAACUCCCUGCUAAAUAUUGGGCCCCUUCCUCAGAACUGGGGAUGGGUGGCUCAGAGCUGGUGAAGAUGCCUCCUUGUUGAACACUCCUGAAAGGGAGAGAGCAGCCAAAUUUCCCCCCCCCCCAGCCUUGUCCUCCAGGGCUUGGCAGGGGGCUGCAUGUUUUGAGUGCAUUUGGCAGAGUUUUGGUGUUCUGACUCAGCUAAAUGGGAACAAAGGGAGGAUGGUGAAGCCUUCCUUUAUUCCAUAAUCCUGUUUGCUUUUCUGGAAACCAGCUAUAGCCUCGGAAUCACUGACUCAAUUUUUGGAUCCCAUUCUCAUGACAAAGCGGCUGUCUGGUUUAAAACAAGCCCGUUAUAAAAAGGGUGCCUGGGAUCCUGGCUGUUUGUAACAGCUUCUGACAUUCCUCCAGCACUGAGGAGCUUGGCUGGAACAGAAAAUGUCCAGAGCUGGGACCAAGGUCACCUUCUACGAAGACAAGAACUUCCUGGGCCGCUGCUACGAGUGUGAUGGUGACUGCCCCGACUUCCACACCUACCUGAGUCGCUGCAACUCCAUCCGGGUGGAUGGAGGCACCUGGGUGGCCUACGAGAGGCCCAACUAUUCGGGGAACAUGUACGUUCUGACCCACGGGGAGUAUCCUGACUACCACCACUGGAUGGGCCUCAACGACCGCCUCAGCUCCUGCAAAGCCGUCCAGAUACCAGGUGGAAGCCGGGGCCACAUCCAGGUGUUCGAGAAGGGGGAUUUUGGCGGGAAGAUGUUCGAAGCCACCGAAGACUGCCCUUCCGUCAUGGAGGAGUGGCACAUGCGUGAGAUCCACGCCUGCAGGGUGCUGGAAGGGGUCUGGGUUUUCUACGAGCACCCCAAUUACCGGGGCAGGCAGUACCUGCUGCCCAAGGGCGAGUACCGCAAACCCGUGGAGUGGGGAGCGGCCAGUCCCGCCGUCCAGUCCUUCCGCAGCAUCGCCCAGUGAGGCAGCCCCCCCUGAUGGGGCAGCUGGAGACAGUCAAUAAAGCAACUGAGUCACUCAG